AUGGACACAUACAAAAACCAAUCAGAGACAGAAUCACAUAUUGAAACAAAUUUGAAACUAGAUUGGCCACUUUGCGUCAUCAAAACACAUGGUAAUUGGCCAAUCAGAUACAGAAGUAGAUCCGUACAUGUUACACUUAAACCAUCUUACCUUUAUAUACCAAAGCUAAAAGCACUAUUCCCGAAUUUAAAUAGUUAUUUAAUGCAAAACAAAAAAACAAUAACACGAACAAAGAAAUCAACAAGAUCGAAAAAUAUUGACCCCUAUCAAAAAUUAAUUAAAACUUACGAAGAACACUUAAAAAAACUAGAUGAACUGCUCGACAAAGGUUUGUCUGAUAAAGAAAAACUUGUGGAUUUACAAAAAAGGCAUGAUGCCUUAGGUAUCGAAUAUAAUAGUAAAUGCGAGGAGUAUAAAAAAGAAAUCGAAACCUUAAAUGAAAUAGACCAUCUGCAAUCAGAUCUACAGAGUGAACAGAAUGAAAUCAACCGACUACAAUCAGAUCUACAACGCGAACAAAUGCAAAAUUCCAUUUAUGAAAUGGCUAGAAUGAAUAAAACCAGUGGAAAUAACUGA